AUGGGUUGGAAAGUGAAGAAGAGAGGAGAGGUAGACUUCACCAAAGAAAUGAGAGAGACAAAGCUAGAAGAAGAGCGGAGUCAGGCAAACAGAGAAAGGCUGGAGCAUCUACGUGCUUUACAAACUGCGAGACUAGAUAAAGAGUCAGCUCAAGACAGAGAUUCCAGGUUGGAGCAUGUCCGUGAUCUGCAGAGUAAGAGGUUGGCCAAUGAGUCGGCUGAAGAGAGAAGUGCUAGGCUGGAGCAUCUAUGUGCUUUACAAACUGCGAGACUAGAUAAAGAGUCAGCUCAAGAAAGAGAUUCCAGGUUGGAGCAUGUCCGUAAUCUGCAGAGUGAGAGGUUGGCCAAUGAGUCAGCUGAAGAGAGAAGUGCUAGGUUGGAGCAUUUACGUGCUUUACAAACUGCGAGACUGGCUAAAGAGUCAGCUCACGAGAGAGGUUCCAGGUUGGAGCAUGCACGUGCUCUGCAGAGUGAGAGGUUGGCCAAUGAGUCAGCUGAAGAGAGUGAUGCCAGGCUGGAGGGCAUGAGGAAGAGAUUGGCAAAUGAGUCAUCUGAAACGAGAGCUGCGAGACUAGAGCGCAUGAAACUUGCUCAACACCAGAGACUGGCUACCGAGUCUUCUCAAGAGAGAGCUGAAAGACUUGAAAGUUUACACCAAAACAGAGGAGAUUGCCAAGAGAUAAGCCUCCCCCUCAUAGAACAAAGGCAUGUUUACGAAAAGAUGAUAAAAUUCCAUCACGAAAUGUGUUCCAUACAGAUUUGCACAUGUUCUACUUGCCUGGAAAAAUUUCCAAGUAUGAAGCUGACUUCGCAACACGAGUGCAUUAGAUGUAGUCGAGACAAACUUUCUCCAAAACUCUACUCUGCUGCAAACAACUUGAGUCCUGGACCAGUUCCACCUGAACUACAGGGUUUAUCACAAGCAGAGGAAAUGCUGAUCUCAGCAGUGAUGCCUCUCAUGUCAGUCUACCGACUUCGGUAUGGACAGUACGGCUACAGGGGUAACGUCAUCAACUUGCCACAAAACAUCACUACCUUAGCUACCAGUUUGCCGAGACUUCCACGUGAUCUAGAUGUCCUUGUCGUGAGAAAGGAAGGGUAUGACAACUCCCAUCGUGACUUCAAAGUAAGAAGAUCGGUAGUUUUGCGUGCUCUCCUGUGGCUGAAACAGCACAACAAGUUCUACCACAACAUUGAAGUAGAUCAUGCUGCUGUAAGACAACUGCCUACUGACGGAGACUUGACUGGACUCUGCACAGUUGAACAAACAAUAUUUGAUGACCAACAAGAUCUCGAGCAACCUGUGAACGACGAGAACCCCAAUGACAUUGGCACAUUCGUGCCAAUUGCAGCCAGAAAGAUCACCGAGCAGGAAAGUAUUAAAAAUUCUAUACUAGAGCGCCUGUCAUCGACUUGCAAAAAAACUGUGCCCUGGCCUUCAAGAGGUGCAUCUUCUGUCAACGAGUUCACCACCGAGGGUUACAUUUCGUGUGCCUUCCCCACACUACUUCCCACUGGUGCUGGCGAUUUUGUGGCCCCGCGACAACGUGCAGUAACCAUUGGUAACUACUUUAAACAUCUGAUGAUGUAUGGAGAGGGUCAGUUUGCCAAACACCCACGGUUUCGCUACUUUGCACUGAACACUGAGAUGAGGUGGCGUGCACUGCAAAGUGGCAGAAUUUUUAUCAACCAGCAUCCACAAGAUGCUCGUCUGUCACUGGAAGAACUGAAAGACAUGGUUGGCUGUACAGGAGAACUCUUUAGCAAUCGCGUGUUGCACUAUGCCAGCAGCCUGCGUGGUACGAGCCAAUACUGGUUUAAGCAGAGGACAAGGCUUAUUUCCAUGGUUGACACUCUAGGACUGCCCACAAUUUUCUUUACCCACAGUGCUGCAGAUGCACAGUGGCCUGAGCUGGCUCGUCUCAUCUGCCCCGACAACUCAGAUUGCUCUUCCAGUCGCAGCUCUGCAAUGUCAGAAAAUCCGGCCGUUGCUGAUUUCUACUUCUAUAAUCGCAUCAGCAAGUUCAUAGAUGCAUUCUAUGUGGAUAUCCUUGGGACUACUGACUACUGGUUCAGGUUUGAGUGGCAGCAUCGCGGAAGUCCACACGUACAUGGUGUUGCAUGGUUUAAGGACGCACCAAAUGUAGAGCAGUUGCUGGCCUGUGAAAACGAUUCUGAUGUUAUUUCAGCAACCGAAGAGAUCACCAGCUUUGUUGACAAAAUCAUUAGCACCAUAAACCCAAGCAUUGCAGCUGAUGGGAGCAAUGCUGAGGAUGCCCCGCCUCCAAAAACUAAGCCUCAACAUGUUUGCAACAAACUAUACUCGGAAGUGGCAGACCUCAAAGUAGACUUAAUAGACCUGAUAGCUACACGCCAAAGACAUACACGAUGCUCACCAGCUUACUGUCUCAAGAAGAGGAAUGGCCAGCAAGAAUGUCGAUUUGGCUACCCAAAACAACUGCAGCCAGCGACAGCUAUUGUUACCGAGAAUGGAGAGCUGCAUGUACAGACUGCACGUAAUGACACUCUCCUCAACAGCUACAACCCCGUGCAGCUGUCUGCUUGGAGAGCCAAUGUCGACAUGCAGUAUAUGGUAUCGAGACAUAGAGUUAUUGAGUAUGUAGCUAAAUAUGCAACCAAAAGUGAACCCCGCUCAAAAGCCUUGAGGGAAGUCUACAACCACAUCAUGAAGGGCCUUAAAGAUGAUGCCACGCCCCUAAAAAUAGUGCAGAAACUUCUGAUUAGUAGUGUUGGACAGAGAGACUAUUCUGCACAAGAAACAUGUCACCUACUUUUGCAGCUGCCCAUGUUUAGAGCAUCGCGUGAUUUUGUCACUCUGAGCCUGGAUGGAUCUCGGGAAGUAGAUAGCAAACUAGACACCAACAGAGCUGUAACCAUCGACUCCCAAGUAGAUCACUAUAUUGCCCGUCCCACCACUGAACAGUUUGAAGAUCUCACUUUCUUGCAGUUCAUUCAGAAAUACAGAAUUCCAAAAAGGAUCCAAGUGGUUCACACUAUGAGCAAUAUUGCAAGCAGAAGCUCAUGA